AUGUCUGAUAAGGAUUGUGAUAAAGAGAGUUGCUCUGCUCUUGAUGUGGCACACUUCAAGAAUGCUUUGAAACAGUUUCAGCAACUAGUUGAAAAAAAAGUAACCCAGAAGACAGAGGAGAGAUUAGGACUGUAUGUUAAAGAUGAUGAUGAGAUAAACUAUGAUAAGUUCUAUGAAACUGUACAAGCACUUUUUGGUCCAGAAAUAAAGGAUUAUAAUGUUAAGGCCUUUUUCAGGAAGAUUAGCAGCAACCUUGAUGCGAAGACAGAAUGGUGUGAGAUUUUUGGCUAUUUCAUAGUCGAAAGUGAUGCCAUUUCUUCCCAGCUGAAUGAAGAAAACACAGUUUUCCUCGUAUCCCAAAAACAGCAGAUCACUCACGCAGGUGUCAAGAGACGAGAUGUGAUUAAGGGUAUAGUGAAGGUCCCCCAUCUGGAUUUCACAGUAACAUCAUCUCAGAAAGGAGUGCUAACUGUUUUUAACAACCAGAUGAGGGUUCUGGCAACCACCCAUGUUAAAGAUACCGCUUGGGUCACUGGAUGUGACUUCCUAAUUCAGCUGAAACGUGUCGUGGCUGUCACUGAAAGGACAGUCAUCGUCUGGGACUAUAAAUCAAAAGGGAGUCAGAGUAAUUGCUUUGUCAUCAAACCAAUGGAAAAUGGUCUGCUCUGUGUUUGCACGGUGACUGCGUCAGAUCAUCUGGCUAAGGAUAACAUCCUAAUGGGAGAUGAUGGGGGUUAUGUCAACCUGCUUACGGUCACCAGUGAUGACUUUGGAUUGAAACAAUCUAAAGCCAAAAAAGAAUCACAAUUUCACGUCUUGGACUCCAAAAAUUUUAAGAUUGUUAAACGCAAGCUACAUGAUGACUGGGUUAUGAAGGUUAAGUAUAUUUCUGACCUGAAUUGUUUUGGAUCCUGCUCUAUAGACAGCAUUCAUUCAUUUGUUUUGGGUGACAUAAAACGACUAGAGGACAACAUGCCUGUAAAGGAAUUUUCUGUCCCUAAAGGGGUCAAUGCCUUCACAUACUGUGGAAAAUCAAAUGUCAUUGUCACUGGAGGUGAUGAUAGAAUCCUCCGUAUAUGGCAUCCUAAUAUUAAUACUAAGCCUAUAGGAAAGUUACCAGGACAUCUACACAGUGUUGUGGAAAUCGUGACAAAUGAAAAAGAUCAGCAUGUCAUCAGCCUUUCCUCUGCAAAGAUUUUUAGAGUGUGGGAUAUACAGACCCUAACACUGCUACAGGUCUUCCAUGAUAAUCAAGAGAGUCCUGGCGAGAUGGAGAUCUUUGCCAUGGUGUUUGACAAUAACCAUCGCACUCUUAUCACAGGUUCAUCGGUCAUUGAUAUUUAUCCUUUGACUCAUGUGAUACAAGAUACAAAACAGGUUCCACAGACACAUGAGAAAAGCAUCAAUGUUGUGGUUUAUAACAGAGCUUUUCACCAAAUUCUCACUGUCUGCUCAGAGUCAAUACUGAAGGUCUGGGAGCUAGAAACAGGAUAUCAAAUAUAUCAGAUUGAAGAGGCACAUGGGCUGAAUAUUGAAGUGACCUGUGCAGCCAUUGAAGAAAAAGGUUUUCAUUUUGCUACUGGGGCAUGUGAUGGAACAGUUAAAGUUUGGGAUUUUGGAAGUGGGCAGGAAGUGAAAGCCUUGCCUUUGUCCCAGCAGAGCAAAGAUGAUAAACGUCGUCUGCUUCAAGUAGUUUAUCUGAAAGCUAGUCAGAGUCAACACGUGCUUCUUGUUUUGGAGCAGAGUGGGAAGAUGAAAAUCAUUCAGGGCAACGAAGUUCAAACAUGUCUAAAUGUUACAUGGGUGCUUCCCGAGGCAGUGGCGUUUCCACAAAAGAAUUCAGUUUUGUCUCUGUCACUGAAGCCUGACUCCUUACAAGCACAUGAAUUUUUUCCAGAUAUUCAGCUGUUACUUGACACCAGUUCUCUAAGCAAUGAAACAGAGAAUUUUGUACCUUCCAGGGAAAUUAAGUGCUUUGAUGUGCUAAAAACAGGAGGAUGCAGUUUGAUAGCUACAGGAAGUGCAAAUGGUGCAGUAAUUUUGUGGGAUUUUGAAGCUGCCUCUGUCAGAUGUCUGUAUAAAAUGAAUGAAGACAGCCAGAUUUCACUUCCGCAAACACCUGGAGUCAGUGCUGUGUUGUUCCUUGUCCACAGUGCUUUCUGCUCCAGGAAAACUGGUUCCCUCUCCUCUACUACUGCUACUGUAAGGGGUGAUACCAGUGCCAUUCCAGGAUACGAGAACACUUAUUUGAACCUAAAUAAGGAAAAUACAAGUGAUGAAAUUAAUACUCAAGUAACAACAGAAAAAGACACAACAGUGUAUAAGAAUAUACAGGAUUUGGAGAAGAACGUAUCGUUAUCCAAAGCUGUAAUGGGAUACUCACCAGUACUGGCUUCUGCUCAUGAAAAUGGCUAUAUCUAUCUAUGGAGUAUUCAGGGAAACUUGCUGAAAGAAAUUUUGCCCUUUUCAAAAUACCCUUCAGUUUCUCUGACAGCACUGUGCACAGACAUCUCUACUAAAAUUCUUUUGGCAGGCAGUAAAGAAGGAUAUAUUUUGCGCUGGAGCAUUGGCUCAUUCUUCAAAGAUCUACAGAACAAUAAAAAUCAAAUAAAGGAGGAGCUCUGCUGGAGGGCACACUCUACCAAAGUGGUUGACUUAUUUCAUGAAGAAGAGAAAAAUGUGGUAGUGACAUCAUCUAUUGAUGGUUCAGUCAGGCUCUGGCAUGCCACAAAAGGAUACUAUCUUGGUUACUUUGGACAGCCCAGAAAGUUUGAAUUAUCAGAGAUCAGUCAGCUGAUUUUGCCUUGUGAUGUUAAUAAGUUUCCUACAAUAAUUAAAGAGGAAAGCAAGUAUAUGGAAAAGAAGAAGAAAUUUGAAUAUCCUCUAAUAUUGGACAGAGAAAAGUGGAAGUCACUGACCAGAUCAUCUUUAGUUUUAGAAAAGCCUGCACAUGAAGAUGUAGUUCAAGACUUCAAGUUUUUCAAAGCUUUGGCUUCUCCAAAGAUCCUUAGACAACCUUUGGAAAGUUUCAAGUCUGGAAACAAAGAGACUGGUGUGGUAUUUGGAUCUAUUCCUAUAUAUGAGCUGGAAAGCCCAGUUGAAGUGUGUGCGCUGCCAAGUUAUCAGUGGAAUAAAGCUGAAAGGUCCAGUCUCACUGAAUGGAAAAUGGAGCCAGAGCUCAGUGAAGAAUAG